AUGAAGGUGGCGGUGUUGGACCUGGGCACCAUCUUCGCCAGGCUCUUCAAGCCCUCCGCGGCUCCAGCCCCGGGCCCCGCCGCCUCCUGCUCCCCCGUGCCCCGGGCGGCUCCCGGCUGCCCUGCCGCGUCCAGGGCGCUGCCUCCCCCGUCUCCCCUCCACCCCCUGCCCGCCCCGUCCUUCCCCCGCGCUCCCGUGCCCGGCUCCCUGCCCGCCAGCCCUCGGCCGCUCCCCCCACUAGCGGAGGGCUCCCCGGCUUCUGCCGCCGCGGUGCUGCCGGGGCGGGCGGCCCCCGGUGGCGGGGCUGGGGUGGCGCAGCCCCCGGGCGGAGUCGGCAGCUCCCCGCGCCAGGCAGCGGCUCCCGCGGACAGAGAGCCCAGUGCCUGGGCAGCCCCCGGCGCCAAACCGCUGCUCUUCGUCACCCUGCCCGACAUCGGCGAGGAGGGGCUGGCCGAGAGCGACCCCAAGGGCGGAGCCUGCGCCCCUAGCGCUGCCGACCUAGCAAAGGGGCUGUCCAAAGGAUCUACAGAUCAUUGUUUCCCAGGGAAGAGUAGAGAUCUUCCAGCAAUUUUUAUGAGAAAUGUGCAGGACGCCAUUGACAAUUUUACCUGUGAAACUGUUUCGUCACUGUCUUCUAGCAGUCCUAUAACACCAACAGACUUGAAUAAUUCUUGGUCUGGAAUACAAAGCUAUACUACUGGUUUGUCCACUGAAAGAAGCUCAAUUUACUCUUGGAGGGAUGAUGAAUUUGACAAAGCUAAUACACAAAGAGUGAAUCAGUCAUUCUGGGAUGUGGAUGAAAUGUUGUUUGAAGGAAAAGUGAGUUCUCAAACCCAGAGUCUGCAGGCAGAAUGUAAAGAGUGGACCAAACGGUCUCUUCAUCUAAGGAUUUUAGGAAAACAGCUCCUUUUUCCUAGAGAUGAAGGCUUUCAGCAUUUUCAGAGCCAAACGACUUGCUCGGUGUACACCAAAUCUUUACUUGGCUUCUGUGAAAGCACUAGCAACACAAAAGAGCUGUGCAUUUUGGGAUCUAAAUUAGUCCCAGUAGCAUCCCCAGUACACAAAUCAUUAGACUGUGGUUCCCCAAGGAUUUCUGUUUCUGACUCAUCUGAGUAUUCAUUCCUGGAAGAAGAAAUCUAUGAGGUUGAUGGAAAAAUUGAAGAGUAUCUUGCUUUUGACAACAAGGAGCUGUAA